AUGGCAGCAAAGUUAUUCGUCCUGCUGUCGCUGGCCGUUGUUGCCCAAGCGGAGUACAACUAUAACGAGAAGGCAGCCACUGCCGUGAACACCCUGGAGCAGAGCUCCCCCAGCUCUGGGGAGGACUUCCUCAGCGACUACCACACGCCCAGCAACAAUGCGCUGAACUCCCAGGCCACUCCGGACGGUUACGACUAUGUGUCGCCUCGGACAAACCAAUUUGCAGCCGGCGGAAGCAGUUCGGCCAGUGUGCAUGCCUCGAAUCUGCUGCAAAGUGCCGCCAAUGCCGCAUCUGCAUCGGCAGCCCUAUUGCCUUCGCCACUGCCCGUCCUGCGACAACACCAGGAGCCGGAGAUUUUCCCGCCCGCCAGCUACAGCUUCAACUACGCCGUUAAUGACGAGAGCACCGGCGACAUCAAGGAGCACAGCGAGAGCCGCGACGGCUAUGUGGUGCGCGGAUUCUACAGCCUGAUCGAUCCCGAUGGCUACAAGCGCACCGUCACCUACACGGCCGAUGAUGUCCAUGGCUUCAACGCAGUCGUGAAUCGAGUGCCAUAUGCCCUCAAGACCGUGGCUGUUGCGGUGGCCCCUUCAGUGGUACCGGCCAUUGCCUUGGAUGAGCGCUCCAAGCUGCAAACAGAAGACAACACGCGGUCGUCGGGAGCUUCCUCUGUGGAAUCUGAGGGAUCUGAGGGAUCUGGAUCUGGAUCUGGUGCGUUCUCCCACGAUAGCUAUGCCAAUGCCCCUCGUGGCCUGGACGCUUCUGGUGGUCCCUACGCCUGA